UUUAGGAUUGUUGCUACAAACUUCAAGGACCAUAAACUUCUUAUUUGUUUUAAGGGCGCUAUCUCUUGUGUUUUAUUUAAACCAAAGUAAUGAAUCAAGUGGCGACAUAGGGUAUAUCAUAAUGUCUAUAAACUUUUUAAACAGACAUACAAACUUGCGUUGAGAUUAUAGGACUGGGGAAUCCUUGUUAUCAUGGGAGAGAUUAGGAUUUUUAUUCCUCAUUUUUACUUCUGUUUGAUUGCAUCAGAAUAAACCAAACUGUGGAGGUUUUCUUAAGUGCAUCUGGUUUGAGUUCAUUUAAAUUCCUUUAGUAAUUGAAAUUGGACACAAGUAUUAAAUCUUUGUUUGUUUUGAAAGUAUUUUUUUAUAAAUUAAAACAAGAUUGAGGUCUAACAAGAUUCUUUUACUCAAACUUAAAAUCAAGAUGGCAACCUCUUCUGAGUCAACUGUUGGUGAAGAUAGAGUUUAUAUAGACUUAGCAGACUGUUAUAAAAAAUAUUAUUGUUCGCCCUGCCAAAAGGACAAAAUUGACCAGCUGGCCGAAUGGUACUGCAAGAAAUGCAAGUAUUGUCUAAUCUAUUAUUGUGCAAACUGUGUUAUCAAUCAUAAUACGAAGUUUAAGAAACAUAAGCCAUAUGGAAUAGCAGACAAAGACAAGUGGCCAUUCCCCAAGAAGGAAUUUCAGGAUGUCCUUCAGAAACAUGGUCUUCAUGAAGACUUGUGUAAAGAUCUAGGAACUUUAUGUGAAAGAAAAUGUGCUGAAGUAUCAGCGCAAGGUGAUUCAGACCAGGUAAUCAGUGUACGGCAAAUUUCAAGGUAUAAUGUGAGCCUACCAAGUGAUUCACAUGCUUUCCUGGACAUCGGUGCCAUUUGUGAUCUCUCUGAUGAUCAGAUUCUUGUUGCCGAUCGUUUUAGUAAAAGAGUUAAGCUACUGAAUGACCAAUACCAGGUGGUGGGACACUGUGAUUUAACUGUAUGGGACAUGUGUAAAAUCUCACCAAGUGAAGUAGCUGUUAUUCUGUAUCCAGACUCUAUCGGGGCUAGAUGGACAGAUGAGGUUCACUUUGUCUCUGUGAAUGGUUGGCGGCUGGUUAAGGGCAGGAAGUUACAGUUUCAACAUCACUGUAAAGGUAUUGCUCAUGAUCAGCGAGACCUGUAUGUCACUUCUGGUACUGCACUUUACAAGUAUUCAAUGAGUGGAGACCUGUUAAAAAAGUUGUAUGAGAAUACAACAGAUAAUCUGCCAGUAUAUAAGUGUGCAGUGAGUCCUUCAGGUGACAGGAUCUUUGUCACCAGCAAUCUUUACAAGGUCCGCACCCUUGCCAGAGACGGCACAGUUCUACACACCUUCAUAGACCCAGACCUAAAAUACCCACACGGUAUUCAUGUGACUGAUCUGGGACAGGUGCUGGUCUGUGAUAAUUGGGGAGGAUCAGACACUAUCAUACAGCUGGAUACUGAAGGCAAGAAGAAGCUGGCAACUAUUGCUACCGUGAAGUCACCAAGGUCAGUCUCCUUCAAUAGGAGCACAGCAUCCAUAAUUGUGGGACAAUUUUAUAGCACCACAAUCCUUGUUUUUAAAGUAAAAUAGUUUUGUUUCACAGGUUUCUGUCAUAACAUUUUGGAACAAUACUUUCAACAUGAAUUCUUGAAGGGAUUGACUUUAUAUUGUAUGGUCUGUCUGAUCCAAUGUUUAAAUAUAGCCACCAUCAUUGUGGGAAAAUUGACUGGUAACACAUUUCUGCAUGGUGUUUAAAGAAAUAUAUAUAUAUAUAUAUGUUGUUUCGCAAAUUUCAUUAAAAACUUUUUGAAAAAUGUUCUUUGCAACACCAAAGUCGUAUUCAUGCAGUGUUACGUUUCAUCACAUAAUGUGCCUGGAUGAUUUAUUAUGUUGCAGAGUAAUGUGUGAUCAUGAAAAUGUUUGAAAAAGUACAGCCAUAAUAAAAUUCUUGACAGCUAGGAUCUCUUAUUAAGUGUUACAUUCAAUUGCAUCAUUGUCAUUGAACGCUUAUGCCUAGGAUCAUGAAACUUCAUAGGUACAUUGAUCAUGACUGGCAGAUGACCCCUAUUGAUUUUCAGGUCACUAGGUCAAAGGUCAAGGUCACAGUGACAAAAAACAUAUUUACAAAAUGGCUGUCACUACAACUGAGAGCCCAUAUGGGGGGCAUGCAUGUUUUACAAACAGCCCUUGUUUACUUGUGGUGAUUGGAGCUGCUCUAUGAUAUUUUGGUGUAAUUUUUAUGCAAAGAAACAAGAAAUGCAGGUUACAGUUUAGAAGUGUAAUUUUUAUGCAAGAAAACAAGAACUGCAGGUUACAGUUUAGAAGAGUAAUUUUUAUGCAAGAAAACAAGAACUGCAGGUUACAGUUUAGAAGAGUAAUUUUUAUGCAAGAAAACAAGAACUGCAGGUUACAGUUUAGAAGAGAGGGUUUUAUAUUUUCAUUUCCUUAUUUAACUGUUACUUUGUGUCCUGAUAUAAAAGGUAUUUAGAGUUACAUAGAGUAUCAAUUAUGUAUAGUAUAGAUUUUUUCCAUCUUUUAUUUAUUUUAUUUUGGUUGUUGACAAUUUUACUUGUAUUUAUGUCAUAUGUACCUUUACCUUUCACUAUGUUUUACAGAAUAAAUAAACGCUUACUAACUCAA